AUGGCAUCUACUGAAUACAUGCAUCGGGCAUGGUUCGUCAUAUUCGGGGCCUUUACUUGUCUGUUCUGCACCAUCGGGUUCAUGAACUCGUUCGGUAUCUUUGAGGAAUACUAUGGCAGGAACCAGCUUUCAUCAAGUUCAUCAUCUACCAUUGCAUGGCUUGGAGCUAUUUCAAUAUUCUUCCUCUUCUCAAUUUCUAUUGGGGCAGGCGCAAUGCUUGACAUAUUUGGACCAAAGCUUAUGGUUUACAGUGGCUCCAUCGGUACCGUCUUUUCAAUUAUGAUGAUUUCACUUUGCCAGGAGUUCUACCAAUUUCUACUUGCACAAGGGGUUUUGUUGGGGAUCUCCAUGGCUCUGGUAACAUGGCCCAUGCUCGCACUGGUCGGAAAAUACAUCAAAAUCAAACGCGCAGCUGCCAUGGGCAUCGUCCUUGCAGGCUCAUCCCUCGGGGGUGUUAUUUGGCCCAUCGCUAUUGACAGACUACUUGAAAGUCCUAGUAUCGGCUUCCCAUGGACUAUGCGAAUCGUUGGCUUCAUCAUGAUACCUUGCUUCAUAUUCUCUUGCUCUGUUGCCAAAUCCCCAAUGGCACCGCGGAGCGCAGAAAGUGAGACAUGCGAAAGAUUGAAUAACGAGAAGAAUCCGGAUCCAGACAUUCAACCGCGGAGUCAUAAGGCAGAGGCCUUGGAUUUCUUCAAACAGCGCUCGCUGCAAUUAUUGUGUCUUGCCAUGUUCGUAACUUAUUUUGGGAUGUUCUCCCCAUUUUUCUACACAACAUUAUAUGCUGUGGAGAAAGGGUUUUCUACAACUUUGGCUUUCUAUACUGUCUCGAUUGUGAACGGCACUUCAUUCUUUGGUCGGAUUCUUCCGGGUAUCGUCGCUGAUAAGUACGGAAAGUUCAACUGCUGCAUUUUGGCGACCAUAAGUGCAGGAAUUGUGGCUUUGUGCUGGACUAAAGUGACGUCCGUUGCUGGACUUGUGAUCUGGUGUGCUGCUUAUGGCUUUGCUUCUGGCGGUAUUCUAUCUCUACAGCAAGCCUGUGCUGCACAGGUUGCCAGCAAAAAUACUCUCGGUCUAGCCAUUGGAAGCGUUUCAGGUUCUACAGCUCUAUCUGCUAUGGCCAAUGUACCCAUUAGUGGUGCUCUUUCUGAGAAAUACGGGUAUCUUUCAUUGUCACUCUUCUCUGGCGUAUCAUUACUUCUAGGUGGCAUUUUCUUGAUUGCUGCUCGUUUGGUACAAAAGAAGCAACUUCGAGCGAUCGUCUGA